UGAAAACUAAACCGAGAUGGAAUCUCCCAGUCUGAACCGGUUUCAACCGGUUGCGAGUUAGUUGCUUGGGAGAGGAUAGGAGGCGCAGGCACACAACCUCUACACCGCCCCGCUGGAAAAUUGUUAAGAGUAACGAAUUAAUUAGUGAAUCAAGGUUUACUUUGUUUCGUAAAAUGUUUCGGAGUAACAUAUUGCUGGGUUUGCCGUGAUAGUAGUUUUGGAAGCCACACCAGUGGUCCUUACCAGUCAGACAUCACCCACUGCUGGAGCUGGGGAUAGUCAACGCUGCAGAAAUAGGAAAUCUUGUCUAAUCAACAGUGAUACUGAAGUACUCACUAGACCUUGUAGCUUCUCUGUCAAACACCACUCUUUUCAGUCAGAGCCUCGGACUUUAGAGCUCUAUGCCAGCAAUUAUGACAAUGUUAGCAGACCAUGCAGCACAGCAGCUGCUGGACUUCAACCAGAAACUGGAUAUCAACCUGCUGGAUAAUGUGGUGAACUGUCUAUAUCACGGGGUGGGACCACAGCAAAGGAUGGCACAGGAAGUGUUGACGCACUUAAAAGAGCACCCGGACGCCUGGACGAGAGUGGACACCAUCCUCGAGUUCUCCCAGAACAUGAACACCAAAUACUAUGCUCUUCAGAUUCUGGAAACGGUUAUCAAAACAAGAUGGAAGAUUCUCCCAAGGAAUCAGUGUGAAGGUAUAAAAAAGUAUGUUGUCGGUCUCAUUAUCAAGACUUCAUCCGAUGCAUCAAAUGUGGAGAAAGAAAAGGUGUACAUCGGGAAGUUGAACAUGAUCCUUGUUCAGAUCCUGAAGCAGGAGUGGCCCAAGCACUGGCCCACCUUCAUCAGCGACAUUGUCGGGGCAAGUCGCACCAGCGAGAGCCUUUGUCAGAACAACAUGAUCAUUCUCAAGCUGCUCAGCGAGGAGGUCUUCGAUUUCUCCAGUGGCCAGAUGACCCAGGUCAAGGCCAAGCACCUAAAGGACAGCAUGUGCAAUGAAUUCUCCCAGAUUUUCCAGCUUUGCCAGUUCGUCAUGGAAAACUCCCAGAAUGCCCCACUGGUCCACGCCACUCUGGAGACCCUCCUACGUUUUCUCAACUGGAUUCCUCUGGGGUACAUCUUUGAAACCAAACUGAUCAGCACAUUGGUGUAUAAGUUCUUGAACGUGCCCAUGUUUCGCAACGUGACACUGAAGUGCCUCACCGAGAUCGCCGGUGUGAGCGUCAGCCAGUACGAGGAGCAGUUCGUCACGCUCUUCACCCUGACCAUGUGUCAGCUCAAACAGAUGCUGCCCCUGAACACCAACAUCCGGCUGGCCUACGCCAACGGGAAAGACGACGAGCAGAACUUCAUCCAGAACCUCAGUCUGUUCCUCUGCACUUUCCUCAAAGAGCACGGGCAGCUCAUUGAGAAGCGGCUCAACCUCAGAGAAACGUUAAUGGAGGCCCUCCACUACAUGCUGCUGGUGUCCGAGGUGGAGGAGACGGAGAUCUUCAAAAUUUGUCUGGAGUAUUGGAACCACUUGGCUGCUGAGCUCUACAGAGAGAGUCCCUUCUCUACGUCCACGUCCCCGCUGCUCUCCGGAAACCAGCACUUUGACGUUCCACCACGCAGACAGCUCUACCUGCCCGUACUGUCCAAGGUGCGUCUGCUCAUGGUGAGUCGGAUGGCCAAGCCGGAGGAAGUGCUGGUGGUGGAGAAUGACCAGGGAGAGGUGGUCCGAGAGUUCAUGAAGGACACCGACUCCAUCAACCUCUACAAGAACAUGAGGGAAACCCUCGUGUACCUGACUCACUUGGACUACGCCGACACAGAACGCAUAAUGACGGAAAAGCUUCACAACCAGGUGAACGGCACCGAGUGGUCCUGGAAGAACCUCAACACGUUGUGCUGGGCCAUCGGCUCCAUCAGCGGGGCCAUGCACGAGGAGGACGAGAAGAGGUUCCUGGUCACUGUCAUCAAGGAUCUGCUGGGUCUGUGUGAGCAGAAGAGAGGAAAGGACAACAAGGCCAUCAUAGCCUCCAACAUCAUGUACAUCGUCGGCCAGUACCCACGCUUUCUCAGAGCCCACUGGAAGUUUCUCAAAACCGUUGUCAACAAACUCUUUGAGUUCAUGCACGAGACCCACGACGGUGUUCAGGACAUGGCCUGUGACACGUUUAUCAAGAUUGCCCAGAAGUGCCGGCGCCACUUCAUCCAGGUGCAGGUGGGCGAGGUGAUGCCCUUCAUCGACGAGAUCCUCAACAACAUCAACACCAUCAUCUGUGACCUGCAACCUCAGCAGGUGCACACGUUCUAUGAGGCAGUAGGUUAUAUGAUUGGCGCCCAGACAGAUCAGGCUGUUCAAGAGCACCUGAUAGAAAAAUACAUGCUGCUGCCCAACCAAGUGUGGGACAGCAUCAUCCAGCAGGCCACCAAGAACGUGGACAUCUUGAAGGACCCGGAGACGGUGAAGCAGCUGGGCAGCAUCCUGAAGACCAACGUCCGAGCCUGCAAGGCCGUGGGACACCCCUUCGUCAUCCAGCUGGGCCGGAUUUACCUGGACAUGCUCAACGUCUACAAGUGCCUCAGCGAGAACAUCUCUGCUGCCAUUCAGACAAAUGGUGAGAUGGUGACGAAGCAGCCCCUAAUCCGGAGUAUGAGAACGGUGAAACGAGAGACGCUGAAACUGAUCUCAGGCUGGGUCAGCCGAUCAAACGACCCACAGAUGGUCGGGGAGAACUUUGUCCCGCCGCUGCUGGACGCCGUCCUCAUCGACUAUCAACGCAACGUCCCCGCCGCCCGCGAGCCCGAGGUCCUCAGCACCAUGGCGACCAUCGUCAACAAGCUGGGGGGACACAUCACCAGCGAGAUCCCCCAGAUCUUUGAUGCCGUCUUCGAGUGCACCCUCAACAUGAUCAACAAGGUGAGAUCAACCGGUCACAGCUCGGUUGGUUUUUGGUUCACU